CGCUCACCUCUCAUCGUCAAACAGUUCUCAGUUGCGAGCUAGUGAAAGCAGAACAGAAGACGGUAGUGACAUUCUCGAAUACCUUUUGCUACACUUUGCAAUAUUCACGUGUUGAAAAUGUUCGGUUACGGACUUAUUUUGUGUGUUUUUGUGUUUUUCGGAAGGAGCGAAGCAUCCGCUAUUCCAAUGUGGGAGUAUCUGAGCAAGCAAGAAAAAAUGUCCUUCUUGUACUCAAUGUUUGCAAAUCAAGUGGAGAGCUUUUGCGAUUCAUCCAACAUGAAAAAUUGCAACCAAGAGUUGUUGAAAUAUGGUCUAGACAAGCUGAAAAAUCUACCUGAAGAAUACAUGGAUUCCAUGGACCCCUACCAAAGAGGGGCCAAUACCAUAAUUUGGGAUGCCAUGAUGGCCGGCCACAAAAUGGCGAACGAAGUACCGAAGAUGCGUUCGACAACCUCUGCCAAACCCAACAGCUACGAAGACGGCUCUUUCAGCGACUUCGGCUCUCAGAGCGCUGCAUCAGCUAGAAUCGACAACGUAGUGAGAGUAUUGCCCCCCAAGGGGUUUUUGAAGCAAUACGAAACCCAACAGCGAUACACCUACCCUCACAACGUAGUCAGCUAUUUGAACACGUUCAACAUUCCCCAAAAAAAAGGGGCUUACACCAGAUUCCAGGAACAAUACAGCAGUACCACCACAACAACAGAAGAAACACCAUUGGAAGAUCCUUAUGAGGAGGGAAUGUACGAUGAAGCUCCUCUCACUGGACCCAUGGUUGUCAAGGUGUACCCCGAUGGUACCCCCGUCAAAGACAACCACCCUCUUCCCUUGGACGAGGAUUUAAAGCAGUACCGUAUGUCCAAAGUUGAAAUCCCCAACUUGUAAUUUAGAACUGAGCGUUCCCGGUACAGGGGAAUUGACGGAAUUUUCUCGAAAAAAUUGUGAUAUUUUCGCUGUUGUAAAUAUUUAUUGCGGUGAUGA